CUUGUUUAAUUUUUUUUUUUUUUUUUUUUGUGUCAACUCCGCGUGUUUUUCUCUCUUCCCUUCUUCCCAAGGCGUCGUGUUUGUGUGUGCCUCCACCCAAAAAAAAAAAGGGCAUAAAUCAAAAUCCAAACUGUUUGAUUAUUUGGUUAUUUGUCAAUUCGACUAUUCAAGGUGGAGCAGGAAGAAGGACGUAAUUAUUAAUCCACACGGGUGACAAUAAACCUGUGUCACAAAUUAAGAAUAUAGAAAAAACAUGCUAAACAGCAUAACGAAACACAUAUUACACUGUUGCCUGUUGGCACUGGUGAUUGUGAUAUUUGAAUAUGUAUCUGGUGCAUUGUCAUUCUCAGAUGCUCCAAAAGCUGAAAUAAAUCCAUUGGCUGAUUAUGGAAUAAUUGGUACAACAUUAUUAUAUCUUUUACGUGCAUUAACAUUUUUAUCAAUACCACAAGUAUUAUUUAAUUUUUUUGGAUUAGUAUUGUUUAAUGCAUUUCCUGAUAAAGUAUCAUUAAAAGGUUCACCACUAUUAGCACCAUUUAUUUGUAUACGUGUUGUAACACGUGGUGAUUAUCCAGAACUUGUUAAAGAUAAUGUAUUGAGAAAUAUGAAUAAAUGUCUUGAAGCUGGUCUUGAAAAUUUUCAAAUUGAAGUUGUUAGUGAUAAACCAAUUGGACUAACAUCACAAAGAAGAUUAAGAGAAGUUGUUGUACCAACAUCAUAUAAAACAAGUACUGGUGCAUUAUUUAAAGCACGUGCAUUACAAUAUUGUCUUGAAAAUAAUGUCAAUGAACUUGCUGAUAAUGAUUGGAUUGUACAUCUUGAUGAAGAAACAUUAUUAACUGAAAAUUCAAUACGUGGUAUACUUAAUUUUACACUUGAUGGUAAACAUCAAUUUGGACAAGGUUUAAUAACAUAUGCAAAUGAAGGUGUUGUUAAUUGGAUAACAACACUUGCUGAUAGUUUUAGAGUUGCUGAUGAUAUGGGUAAAUUAAGAUUACAAUUUACAAUGUUUCAUAAACCAUUAUUCAGUUGGAAAGGAUCAUUUGUUGUAACACAGAUGUCUGCUGAACGACAAGUGUCUUAUGACAAUGGUCUUGAUGGUUCUGUUGCUGAAGAUUGUUUUUUUGCAAUGAAAGCAUAUACAAUGGGUUAUUCAUUUAAUUUUAUUGAAGGUGAAAUGUGGGAAAAAUCACCAUUUACAUUUUUUGAUUUUGUACAACAACGUAAACGUUGGAUUCAAGGAAUUCUUCUUGUUGUACAUUCAAAAGCAAUACCAAUACAAAAAAAAUUAUUACUCGGUAUAUCAUGUUAUUCAUGGGUAACAAUGCCAUUAUCAGCAUCAAAUCUUAUUUUAAAUGGUUUAUGUCCAAUAAAUUGUCCUCAAUUUGUUGAUGUUAUUUGUGCAUUUGUUGUUGCUAUUGGCAUAUACAUGUAUAUAUUUGGUGUCAUCAAAUCAUUUUCAUUAUCUCGUUUUGGUUUAUCAAGAUAUAUUUUUUGUAUAUGUGGUGCAUUAGCAACAAUUCCAUUUAAUUUAAUCAUUGAAAAUGUUGCUGUUAUUUGGGGUUUAUUUGGUAAAAAACAUAAAUUUUAUGUUGUCAGUAAGGAAUUAAGGCCAGCAAUAACAGUUUAAUACAAAAUUUAAAAUUAAUAAUAAUAUAAUACUUUGAUAGCUAGAUGAACUGGCCCUUAUUCCAUACCUGGUUACCUGGCUUCAGUGAGAGCAUAUUAGGAAGCAACUACUUUAUUUCGUGGAAGACAAUCCAAACAUUAAUCAAAAAUAAAAUUUAUAAUAAUUCAUUAAUUAAAUUCCUUCUUAAUAUUCGCGUUUUAAUUUUUUAGCUAUAAAUUUUUGUGCACUUCAGGGAAAUAAUUUUAUUAUCUUUUUUUUUUUGUAUAAUUAUAUUAACAACUAAGCGCACAUGAAUUUAUUCAUUGAUUAAUCCAUUGUGCCAUAGUUUGAUGAUGAAAAUAGGCACAUGAUCUGAAAAUCAAUAUAAUAUUUAAUUUGGUUGUUGCAUCAUCGGAAGAUGUCUAGUCAAGGCAAUAAUUGUAAUAUCGAUAAUUGUUUUCCUUUUUUAUUAUUAUAAUUAAAGGAAUUUAUUUUUUUCGAUUAUUCAACUUCCAGACCACUAAUUAAGAUCUUUUUUUUUUUUAAUUUAACGAGCUUGAUAUUAUCUUGCGAAUCUCAAAAGUAUUCUUGAUCAAAUUUAUGCCCUCUUGAGGUAUUUAAAAUUAUACCUUGUUUUUUAUAUUAAUAAAUAAAUAAAUAAUAAAAAAAUUAAUAUAUCAUUGUUGUGAUAAAAGAAAUGCAUAAGUCUUAUUUUUAGAUAUUUUUUUUUUUUCAAUAAAUAAAAGGCGUAUGUCUUUGUUUCUGGUAUUUUUAUUCCAUUUUUUUUUUCUAAAAAUUAUACUUACGCCUUUCUUUUAUUGCAGUAAUGAUAUUUAUUUACAUAUAAAUAUAUAAAUAUAUAUAAGAAUAUGUCCUCGUGUUCAUGCUAAAUUAGACCAUUUAGAUACUUAUUAAUUGUAACGUAAACUUUAGGUGUAAAAAAAAUAAAAAUAAAACAGAAAAAUAAAAAAACAUUCGCUAGGAUUUACAUUAAUUUACCAAAGGCAUUGUAAUAUUUAUAAUUUUUGAUUAAAUUCACAAAAUAAUAAAUUUAUAUUUUACGUUUUAAUGAAUAAUAAUUUAGCAAUGAUAUUUGUUUUUUUUCAACUGCAAUAAUUAAGACUUAAUAUAUUUAAAAAAUUCAAUGGGAACAAAAUAUAUAUUUCGAGACAAAUGUUAAUUUUUAUUUUUUACUUAUGACUAGCUAACAAAUUUUGCUGAUUUUAUUUAUAUACUGUAUAAUCUCAUUUUUGUUUUUUAAUUAAUUUUCAAGUUAAGUAGUCAGUUAGUGUUAUUUUCUCUUUAAUAAAUUGCAUAUCACUCAUUGAACAAUGAAAAUUUAAAAAUGUGAAUAAUUUAUUAAACAAAAAUUAAAAAAAGAAAUAAAUAAUUUUAUUUGAUAGUAUUAAAUAAACUGACAUGACUCAAGCAUGAGUCACUUCAAAAAAAAAAAAUUAAAUCAUUAAGGCCGAAGAAAUAGUGCUCUACUUAAUAAUUAAAAUAUGAUUUUAGUUUAUACAAACGAAAAAAAAAAAAACAAACUAAUUUCAA